AUGGAGUCUCUUCUCACGCCUCUCGUGGGGAGACUCCUGAGCAAAUUUGUGAAGAGUGCGGCUGGCAGUGACGGAGCAGACCUACGUGCGUCACUUCAAGGGGGCAAUGUUACCCUGCACAACCUGGAGCUAAACUUGGACACGCUGCUGCACAAGCUGCCCGUUGCUGUGGAGCGUGCAUUUGCCAUGCAGCUCACAAUCACUCUGGAUACUGUGGAGGUGGUCUUGUCGGGGUCUGUCAAAGCAGAAGGUGCUGGUGAGCAGACGUGGGGUGACAGCAUGGAUGCCUCUGCAGUUGCCAAAGAGGCCAAGGGCAGCGAUGAGCCUUUUCUGGGCGGGGGCUGGAUGGGAUCUCUGGCGAACAUGCUCAUGCGCACGCUCUUGAACGUGACCAUCAACGUGAAAAACAUCGUCGUGAAAUACAAGACGCCUGCCACUUUGGCAACGCUGACCUGCAAAUAUCUGCAUGUCAAGACCGCCGAUGACCUGCGGCUGGAGAACUUGGAGGACUCCAGGAGCUGGCUGAGGAAGGAUGCAGAGUUCUCAAGCCUUGUCAUAUCUCUGGAGAGCCUGGCAGCAAGGGGCAGCGCUUGGUCACCUCAGCAGCCCCUAUUUGUAUCUGCUGGAGCCCUGAUAUCAGCACAGUUUCCAGUAUUUGCCGUCCUGGAGAAGCAGGAUCAGGGAGUGUACAAUGGAUCUGUUGAUGUCAAGAUUGAAUCAACAGCUGUUGCUCUGAACGAGUCGCGGCUGUCAACGUUGGCUGCCUUCAUUGCUGCAUUGCCCAGGGUUGCUGGCCACUCAGAAGGCAGGCGCGAGAUGCAGAGGCGGCGGCGCGCAGCAGAGGCCAUCUUCAGAGGCGACGGAGGCAGCGCAACCUCCGGGGUCUCUUCUGCAGCAGCCGGCGCUAUGGGCACAGUUGGAUCGGUCUGGAGCUUCAUUGUGAACGACGCUGCAGCGGAGAGCGCUCAGACGGCACACGAAGGGCCGCCUGUGCCAAAGAUAUCCAAGUCCAACAUCCGCGUCGCACUCACGUGCAGCCUGACAGGCGGGACUGUGCUGCUGUUGCACGACUCUGUGGUUGAAGGAGGGACAGCAGGAGGACAGACACUGAGCCCUCCUCUUACCCCCCGCACUUCCACAGCCAUUUGGGACAAGGCUGGCCCCGGCAAUCCGCUCCCAGGAGCGUCGCUGAAGGGUAAAGCAAUACCUGCAGCUUCCCCGUCCUUCCUGGAGGAGCUGGAGGAAGCUGCCGCCUCCCUGCCGCUCUCGCCAGCCGCCUCGCUGCCAGAGCAGGUCGGCGCGCAGGCAGCAGCGGAUUUCACAUCCAAAAUUCGCACCCAGCUGGCAUCCAGGAUUCCUUCAACAGCAGCCUUCUUGUCAGCAGAGUUCACCUUCCUGCAAGUGGGCCUCGCAGUAGCAAAUGAGCAGUUGACGUCACUUGAUGUCCAGCUCCGGAGCUGCAGCGUGCUGCGCACCCUUGAAGAGCCCGAACAAUCAGUCGUGCAGGACGUGGUGCUUGGUCUGUAUCCUGUGGAGGGCGUGGAGAGCUCUGCCCUCAUUGACAGCGAUGGACAAAGCUUGGCACUGCGGAUCCGCUGGCAGCCUGACAGGGACCCGGCGGCGCCAGUGCCCCAUCUGGCUUCCGUCCACGUGGGCCACUUCUUUGCUGCGUACGUGCCUGGCCUGGCAAUGAACCUCCUCGACUUCUUCAGGGGGCUGCUGCCGCCGCAGAUGGGGGAUCCUGCAUCGAGCAGGAACGCACCUGGCGAUCAGGAGAUGGCCGGAUCUGUAAAUGGCCACAGCGAUGCAGCAGACUCUGGAGACUCGCAACAGAAUCCAGCGCAGAGACUCGCGCCGCCCGCGUGGCUGACAGGGGGCGCAGUGAUCGGCUGCUCGGUGAUGUCGCUGCAGCUGGUGGCGCUGUCGGCACCUUCCCUGCGCGCGGAAGCCGCGGCGCUGUGCGUGCAGCGGGUCAGCGUGCACCUGGGGCCUUUCCGGCCCACGGCGCGCCCAGGCAGCCUCACGGCCGAGCUCUUCGGGCUGCAGAGGCGGCCCCUGCCGGGGAGCGCGCUGCGAGUGGCCGUUGUUGGGGCUCGCCUUGGAGUUGCAGAGCGAUGGCUGCACGCCGCAAGCAGGAGCGGCGGCGAGGAUGCGCUUGCCGCCGCGGGCGUGCGAUGCAUAUCAGACGCCAUUGAGGUGCAAGCCAUAGUGCACGAGGCGGAAUUUGCCGCCAGUAUCUCACCCGAUGCCUCAGCGUCAGCCGGCACCGCUCAGCCGAGGGAGGGGCAACCAGUCGGUGCUCACAGCGGUCAGGCGCUUCAGCCAGACACCGGGCAGACGUCUCCUGCCGGCGGUGAGACCUGGGUAGCGGCGAUGGCGGUGAGCCCAUUGCUGCUUCGCAUGGGCGGCGGCGAGGUGGCUGCCCUACAGGCAGUCGCAGAGGGAGCGGUCGCAGAGACGUCCAGGGAAUUCAGGGGUCCAAUUCCGCAGAGGUGCCCACCGACCGAUGAGGCAGGCUCAGCAGGAUCCUCAGCAACCCUGACACUGCAGACGAGCCGCAUGCAGAUGCUGUACGCAACGGCCGGCGCAGGCCACUUCAUGGCUACAGAGGAGGCAAACACAAAUGCGCACCAUGCGCUCAGGCUCUCCUGCCCCUCAGUUUCUGCGGCUCUCUGCCUUGAUGCGGCAGCAGCUCAGUAUGAUCAGCAUGGUGAUGGUGCGUCGGUGGGGAAGGGCGUCUCAUGCACAGCCGUGCGACUGGUGCUCAUGGCGGGGCCCGGUCUGUCUGUGACGGUGCCAGCCUGUGAGGUCAGCGUCGGCAAAUUCCCUGGGGGCGGUGAUAUCAGCCAGGAGGCCAGCCAGCAUACCUCUGGCUUGUCAGCAUGCGGCCCACCAAUCCUGCUGGUGCAUGACAUCCGCUUGGAGGGUCCUUCCCAGCCAGAAGGUGGAGGGGAGGCAGGCCCGCUGGGUUUGAGCGUUCAGAGCAUAUCCUUCUCACUGGCACUGCGGCAGCUCACAUUGCUGGUCUCUUGGAUGGUGAGCCUCGUGCGGGCUCCACUCCUACCUGUGCUGCCGCAAUAUCCUGCAGCAGAGCUUGCAAGCGGUCAUGGAGGCAGGAGCAUGCAGGCCAGCAUUGCCAUUAUCUCUGGGCAGCUGGCCACUGUGGACGCCUUGCCUCCAGAGACAAAUCAGCUCUCUGCUUGCACCAGAGGAUUUGCUGUGGGCCUUCACAAUUUUGCCUUGCAGCUGGAGACCACAUCUUCACAGACCCAGGACGUCUCCAUCAAUGUGCACACGGUGGAGACCCGAGUCACCCCAGCAGUGACAAGUGAAGCACAGGCCCUACUACUGGCUGUCCUCUGCGCAGUGCCUGCUCGUCCAGCAUCCUCAAAAGAUGAGAGGGCUCUAGAGAGGAGCAGUACUGCAGCGCAGCCAGAAAGGAUGACCCGCUUGGCUGUGCGCAGCAUCACCCUGGAAGCUGCAUCUGACUGCAUGGCGAGUCAUGAGCAGUCGAGCAUGUCUGCCAGCGAUCUGCCCAAGGGUGCCACCAGCGCUGUGGGGCGCGCAGAGGAUGUGGUUCUGCUCAUGCACGAUGCAGGACGGCAGAGAAUGCGCGAGUGGCCACUCCCCACCGCGCUCAGCACGCAUGUGGAAAUGGCGCUAAGCAUGCAGCCCAUUCCGGGCCAGAUCGAUGAUGGCCAUGACACGCCAGGCUUUGUAGCGGAUGACCUGCGCUGUGGGCUUUUCGAGCCAAUAGACAACCUUGGUGCAAGACCAGGGCCACUGCAGAUCAGCUGUGGGGAUCAGGCCGCCACCUCAGGGGUCUGGAGCCAGGCAGCCCGCAGCUUUGUCUCCUGGAGGUUACCUUACCCGCGACAAGUGCACCGCGUCCUCAUCGCAGCUCCGCACGAAGGGUUGGCGGGCGUGAGCGUGCAGCUGUCCGGGAUCGAUCAGGGCUCUGGCGGUUCGGUGACUGUACCGCUUGUGCUGGACACAUGGCAAGGGAGCCUGAGCGCUGACGCUCCUCCUGGAUCCCACUGGCUCCUCACCGCGCAGGGUGAUGUGCCAGCAGCGGAAGAGUGGGAGCUUUCCUGGGAAGGUCGGCCCACUAAGGGCUCCUGGUGUGGCGCUGCAAGCAUGCUGCGCAGCUUGUACAUCAAUCCUGCAGGAGCCGGCCUUCCUGAUGUGCCCCACAGUCCUCCGCUGUGCCUCGUCCCCUUCACGCUCAUCCUCUGCGCGAAACAUUUGCGCCUCGGGGUCUGCCUGAAUGACAGCUCGUCAACGUACGGAACAAGCUCUCUGCUGCAAGAAGACAGUGUCCUGGUGGAUGUCCGGGACCUGCAGGUGGGCGUCAGCCGAUGGCCUUUGGCGCAAGCUGUGCAGCUCUCGGGCUCUGUUCAGGUGUCCUACCUGGAUGAGUCCACCCUCACACAAGAGCUGCUGUUGGAGCCUUUCAGCAUGAGCGCCUCAGCAGAGGUCUCUGGCGAGCCAGAGCCAGGCACGGCAAGUGUGGCAGGCGUGGCGGGAAGCAUUGUGGAAGAUGGGCCUCUCAUUGUGCGCCUCAGCGAGUUGGGAAUGCAGCAGCUGCGCCGCCUGAUGGCAUCUGCAGCAGGGAGCAUUGAGAAGCUGCAGGCCCACAGCCAGCCAGACAUGCCUCCUUUGCCUCACAAUGGCGAGCUUUCCUCAGCAGACGCACCCCACAGGGAAGGCACCAGAGAUGGAACUGCACAGCAGGCAACUGGCCUCACCAGCAGGGCAGGCAGCAGCGGCAAGGCUUGCAUGCACUUGGAGAAUAGCAGCCCCAUAGACCUCUUUAUCGGGCAGGUGGGUACACAUGAGCGAGUUUUCCUGCCCAGUGGCGCCAGCAAGGGAUACACCUGGCAUUCUGCUCCCGGGCUGGACCAGAACGCAAGGAGGCAGCUUCGUGUAAGCUCAGCAGCAUCCAGCGCAGCACCCGCAGUGCUGACAGGGGAGCAGGUCCGGCACACGGGAACCAGCUGUUCAAAGAUGCAGCAGGCGGGGCAUUCCUCAGUGGAUGGUUGUGACGUGCCGCUGCAGUGGAGUGAGGCAUUUGAAGGCCUGGCAGAGUCUGCCACCGUAGUUUGCAUCCCAGUGCAAGCUGGUGUGCGUGCUCUCCUGUCCGUGCUGACCACCCAGGUGGAUGGCACAUGGCACAUUGUGCUGCGGCCAAGCCAUGCUCUGGUCAACAGGACUGCUACAGCCCUGCAGCUGCAAGUCAUCAGCAGUCCGCUGCAGUGCUCACCAAUCAACAACACCAUUGAGUUGGGCCCCCCGCAGGACGAGCAUUCCAGUGUGAUUCAGCCGCUCAUGGUCAGCUACGCUAUUUCCGGCAGCAGUGCUGUGCCUUCCAGCGAUCAGACAGCGCUCAGGAUCUGGUUAGGCAGAGGCUACGGCUGGUCCCUGGAGAUUCCUCUCGGCCACAUCACCCCACAGGUGAUUCGCCUCCAAGCAGGAGGUCUGAGUGCUGACGCCCCUGAGACACCGAAGGGACCCAAUGCCACCUCGCCAGCAGGCCUGUUCUGCCAGGUCACUCAUGCUGAUGCGAGUGGGCUUGUACAUGUCAUCUUCUGGCCACCAAUGCUGCUCCACAAUGGGCUCUCCCGCGGCCUGCAUUGGCGCCUGCAUGCUGCUGACGAUGCAAUGCAUUCAGGCAGUCCUGUAGGAGCAAUUGUGCAGCCUGGGGCGGAGAUUCCACUGCCAAUAGCAAGUGAGGGCGGUGAAGGGCUUGCUCUGUGCCUUGCCACGCCUGGUGACGACGGGGAAGCAGGUCCACCACAUGUUCAAGACUGGUCUGAGCCCCUUGUCUUUCCAGGAGUGUGGAAGGGUCAGCCAGUGGUGCGCCUGAGAGUGAUGCCCCAAUCUGAGCUGCACAACAGGACAGAGCUCCCUGUGACCUUGGAGUUGCCGGGCGCUCCAUCAAUUACAAUUGAUGGGCUGGGCCAUUCAAUGCUUGACUGGCAGCCAUCGGGCCAGAGGCCCAGCCAGCUCAUCCUGGCACAGAGCAGCUGUGCAGCUUCACAGCUGCAGGGCGAGGGCGACACCUGUCUACGCUCCUCAGCUUUCGACCUGGAAGAUGACAAGCAGAGCCUUGUUGCACUGCGAUCCAGCGAGACAGGUGCCGCUCAGCGGGUGCGUUACAUCUCAGCAAGCAUGCAAGUCAGCGAGCAUCGGGGAGUCACAGCAACUGGCGGCUUCAGAGACCCCUGCGAGAGCGCGCACAUAUCCGUCUCCCCAGGCUUGGUCGUGAGCAACCUCACUCCCUGGGCCCUUUAUGUGCUGCCCAGCAGCCCUGAGACUGGCAGUCAGUCCACAGCCAUACCCGCAGGCAGCAUGCAGCCGCUGCUGGACACCUGGCGCGGCGCUGAUGUCCAGCAGCAUGCUCUUCUUGUGGCCCUCACACCGAGCAUAGCAGGCAGCAGCGCAACCCACAGCAGCACACGGGGUGAGCAGCAGAGAGCACGAGCUCAGAAGCCCGCGCCAUCCUUUGUGGACAGCUUUGCAACAUUCCUUGAGGAGGCUGCUGGAGUGGAGAGGAAGCAGCAUGCUGCACCAAACCCACCGCCAGGCGUGCAUGACACAGAUGGCAUGCAGCGGAGCUUGCAGCUCUUUAAGGGCGCAGGCGCUCGGACUCGCUUCCGGCUCAAAGAUGAGCAAGGCCAGGAAGCUCUCCUGACCUGCAGAGUGCUCUCUAAGAGUGGCCGCCUUCAUUUUGUUUUCUUUGUGGAUUCUCAGCCGCCGGUAUUCAUCUCCAACAACAGCCAUGCUGAUGUAGAGAUUGGCAUCUCACUGCCAAUCGUGGCGGAAGAGGGUAAUGUAGUAUAUGAGGAGCGGCAGCGCACGUGGCGUGUUGCAGCCGGCACGUCUCAGCAUUUUGACAGUGCCUCGGCUCCUUCCUCAGCAGAAAGGCACUCCACCAGAGAAGCCAGCGCUGACGAUGCCGAGGAGGAAGAGGCUUUCCUGGAGUCUGUGGCUGGAUGGGUCAAGGCCACAGUCUGGCAGCUGGGAGCUACGGUUCAUGUCAAGCUAGAAGAUGCUAGCAGCACUGAGCAGUCGAGCACCAGCAGCAUCUCUGCCAGCAAAGACAACCAGACUGCUGCAACGGGCAGGCAGCCGCUGCAGCUCUUUGUGAAGCUGCAGUGCCUGCAGAUCAGUCUCUGGGACGACGAGCGCAGGCGUCUGCUGGGGACUGGCCCUUCUGUGAAGGCAGAAUCCAGGAAACAGCAGGUCAUCCAGGCGUCAGAUGGCUGCAGCACCCAGGUGGCAUCACUGCAAAACAGCUGGGUCCGCAGCCUGAGCCUGAGACUGCCUGCACUCGCGUUGGCUCUGGACGACGCCCUCCUCGCAUUUGCAGAGCGCGCAGCCACCCUCAUCCAGCCUAAGGCGGCCAGCACCACUGUCACCGCACUCACAGCCCCCUCUGCUGGAGGCAGUGGGAGUCAGCCUGAUGGCGCGGGCAGCGGAGGGCGGGGUACAGGGCAGUCGGAAGAGCAGGCCUGGCGGGAGGAGCUGGCGGUCGAGGCACAGAUCGCCGCCGCGCGCAGGCUGCUGAUAGAGCACCUGGACUUCGGGCCGCUGCACUUCCUGGUGGACAUCCACGUGGCCGGCACCAGCCAGCGCAUCCCCUACCCCAUUGACACCCACCGGGCCCCGGUGACUCUGUCGGCGCUGCGCGGGCGGCGGCUGGUGUUCCGGCCGGGCGUGGUGCUGCAGGGGGCGCUGGCGCACUACACAGCAGAGGCGCUGCUGAGUGCGCCAGGCGUGCUGGGCUCUCUGGAGCUGCUGCUCAACCCGACUGGCCUCCUGUCCAGCAUGUCUGCCGGCCUGGCGGAUCUCCUGGGCCUGCCCCUGGCCGCCCUCAUGGCCGGCUCCCCAGCCCAGUUUCUGGCGAGCCUGGGCAGAGGCCCAGCUUCUCUGCUGUGGUAUGUCAGCGGUUGGACCCUGACCUCCAUCUCAGGCUUCUCCACAGCCGCGUCACAUGUGCUCAAGCGCUCAAUGGUUGUCCGCCCAUCAAGCCGGACGGCCCUGGGUGCGGGGAACGGAGUUGCACACGGCAUUCAGCGUCUUGGGGAAGAAGAAGGCGCGGAGAAGAGCAGCAGCCUUGUGGCGGGCGUCAGCCGGGGCCUCCUGGGAGCAGUUGGGCUGCCCCUGACUGGGGCUCUGGAUCUGGUGUCAGGCGUGACUGCCGGCAUUGCCUCUUCAACUGGAGUUGCUCGCCAGGCAUCGGUUCGGCGUGCCCAACACCUUGCAGGCGAGGGCGACAGCAGUGCCUCCCCAGCGCUGUGCAGGCGGCUGCUGUCUGCACUGCCACAGCUGGCAGAGGCAGGUGGGUACAGGCUGCACUGCAGGGCUGCAGAGGCCACCCUGCUUGGGGAGUCAGGGGGGGGCGUGCUGGGUGCGCUGGCUGUGAACCGGCCUCUUCUGGUCCUGGCAGACUUCGCUCUGGUGGUCCUGGCAGAUGAAGGCUCACAUGUGGCAGCUGUGCUGCACCUAGAAGGUGCCACCAUGCGGCUGGAGCAGCACCAGUGUCAGCUGCAGAUGACCGCUCCGAAAGCUCAUUGCCCCGGUCUCCAGGAUGGCUCCAGUCGGAGGCAUUCGCUGCAGCUACGUCUGCAGGCCAGCAUCCCAGAAGGCUGGGGCGUUGUCCUGUCCGCGAUGAUGCAGUUGCAGCUUGCAGCGGAGAGCCUGGAGGAGGCAGGGGAGGAGGCAGCAGGGACUUUGGCAGGGGCGGUGGUGGCGGCCGUGGGCCAAGGGAAGGUGUUGGUCGCGGCGGUGGCGGCCGUGGGGGUGACUCCCGCGGAGGCGGCCGGGGGGGAAGUGAGGGGCCGUGGGCGUGGCGACUUUGACGACCGCCCUCCUCCAAGCUUUGGCCCAGACAGAGAGCCGGAGUUGGGCUCUGCAGCCCGUCCCGGCGCGCAGCUGACCCUUCCCAGUGCAGAAUCGAGCGUCUCUAAAAUUGAGGAGACAUUUGGCAGCUUCCCCCAAGCCGUGCAGGCAUUCCACUAUGAUGUUACUGUAACCUCUAUGCGCCGCCCCCGGCCAGAGGAGGAGAUGGAGACAUUGGCAAUUGCUGAGAGGGACAACCCUCCUCCUGCCCCGGAGAAGCCACUGACAUCUGAGCUGUCCAGGCGGGUUGUUAAGGCUCUUGCAGAACAGGAGAGGUGGUCAAACGUGUGGGCGUAUGAUGGGCGCAAGAACAUCUAUGCUGCCAAGCUGUUCCUCCCGCAGCACGAGAGCAUAUUCAGGGUGGAGACCACAGACGGGGAGUCUGAACGCGAGCGGCUCUUUAAAGUCAGCAUCAAAUGGGCGCAGACCAUCAGCAUCACAAGCCUCCUCGAAUUUGUCAGGGGCCAGGAUGGGGACGAGAUACCGCAGGACGCUGUGCAGGCCCUGGAUAUUGCCCUGAAGCACUCCAUCAGCUACCGCGAUGAGGUCAAGACCUUUGCGCGCGCCAUCUUCUGGAAUGACCCGGACAAAGUCAGGCCUCUGGGCAACGGCGCCGAGGCAUGCACCAUUCCCACCAACAUCAUGACUUUGAUGCAGCUGAUUUCGCUGCCAAACGUGUGGCUGGGCUACCAGCAAUCGCUGCGUCCCUCUCAGGGCGGCCUGACACUGAAUGUCGACUUGGCAGCGACCGCCUUCCUGGAGCCCCAGCCUGUCAUCGACUUCCUCUGCCGCGCUGUGGGCCUGCGCAGCCCCAAGGACUUUGCGCGCCUGACUCCCCAGCAGCUCCGCACCGCCAGCAAGGCCAUCACAGGCAUCCGGGUGGAAGUGCGCUUGGGAGGGGCUUUCUCACGCAAGUACCGCGCCAAGGGCCUGAUGCCAAAGGGCCCGGCUGACCUGACAUUCCACAAUCAGCAAGAUGGCAGGGACAUGACGGUGGCUGAGUACUACGAAGAGCACUACCACAUCAGCGUCAAGUUCCCUGAGGUGCCCUGCAUCAAUGUGGGGACGCCCACCAAGCCGGUAUGGCUGCCCCCCGAGGUCUGCUGGAUUGCCCCGGGCCAGAGGCGCCUCAAGCUGGAUGAGAGGCAGACUGCAGAGAUGAUCAAGACAGCUGCACAAAGGCCCCAGGAGCGCAAGGAGUAUCUCCAGAAGUGCAUCAGGGAGCUUGCAGACCUACCAAAUGACCCGGUGGUGAAGGCAUUCGGCAUGACUGUGGACCCAGCCUUCCUGAAGGUGACUGGGCGCCAGCUGCCCCCACCUGAGCUGCAGUACUCCAACAACCGGAAGAUUGUGCCAGAAGCUGACCGUGGCUCCUGGGACAUGCGGGGCAGCGGCUUCUUCAAACCUGGUGUCAUCACCUCCUUUGCAGUCGUCUGCUUCUGCAACCAGCGCUUCGCUGGCGGCCCGCCCGACGAUCCUGCAUCGCUGCAGACCUUCAUGCGGGAGCUGUUCAGGGGCUGCAGCAAGCUGGGCAUACAGGUGCCCAGGAUGACGACUGUGCCAGACCCCGUCAUUGUCUGGCACGACGGCAUGUACACAUAUCCUGGGGAGACAAUGGUGGCCGCAUUCGAGGCUGCAAAGGGUUUCUUCAAGAGAGACCCAGACAUCAUCUUUGUCGUCCUGCCAGAGAGGGGCCAGACAGAGGUGUACAAGCAGGUCAAGCGCGCAUCUGACUCUCAUCUGGGAGUCCCAAGCCAAUGCUUCAAUCCGCAGAAGGGCAGUAUUGGCGUCCCACCAAAGCGUGGACGCGAUCAGUACAUUGGCAAUGUGGCCAUGAAGAUCAAUGCAAAGCUGGGCGGUGUGAAUGUCAACCUCAUCUCAAAGCCUGUCUCGUGGAUGAAUGAGCCCUUCAUGAUUCUGGGCGCGGACGUGACUCACCCUGUUGGUUUCAGUCAGAGCAGCCCAUCCGUGGCAGCUGUUGUUGGCUCACUGGACAAAUCUCUGUCCUGCUUUGGCGCACACAUCAUGCCACAGGCGCACCGUGUUGUGAUUCUGGGGGACUUGAAGGGGGCGACAAUCAAGCUGCUGAAAGAGUUCUGGAGGAGGAACAAUGGAAUCAAGCCAAGACGCAUCAUCAUGGAUGGUGUGUCGGAGGGCCAGUACCCGCAGGUGCAGCGCCUGGAGAUCCCUCAGAUUGUGGAGGCGAUCUGCGAGCUGAACGACUGCGACGUCAGAGACUGCAACAUCCCCAUCACCUACGUGGUGGUUUCCAAGGGCCACCACACCCGCCUGUUCCCUGCCACUCCCAGGGACGGGGAUCGGAAUGGCAAUGUAUUCCCAGGCAAGCCCAGCGGAGACAUUCCUUAA